CACCUUUUACUUCCGGUUGGGCGGGCAGCGUGAGUCCCAACGCUUUUGUGACGACAAGCUAACUAGGAAACUCCUAACUAACACGUUUACACUUCUAACAAGUCGAAAAUGAGUUUACCGCUGAACCCCAAGCCCUUCCUGAACGGACUGACGGGCAAGCCGGUGAUGGUGAAGCUGAAGUGGGGCAUGGAGUACAAAGGCUACCUUGUCUCCGUGGACGGCUACAUGAACAUGCAGCUGGCGAACACGGAAGAGUACGUGGACGGAGCGUUGGCGGGUCAUCUCGGGGAAGUCCUCAUCAGGUGCAACAAUGUUCUGUACAUCCGAGGUGUCGAAGAGGAGGAGGAGGACGGAGAAAUGAGAGAAUGAUUCCAUUGACGGCGACGAGUGUGUGCGCGCGCGCGUUUUCACCGUGUGAAACUAAACGAACGCUUGAUUUCUUUGUUGUUGCUUUUUUGUACUGUUGGAGACCAACAAUUUUUGUUCGUGUGAGACAAUAAAAACAUUGUACACUUUGUUAUUAAA